AUGCGCAGCAGCAAACACGAGCCAGCGCCCGACCUUCUCCUACAAGCGUUCAACCAAGCGCUGCGGCCCUACAACGACAAAGUGGAAAAUCUAGAAAACGAGAUUCAUGAUCUCAAAGCAUACAUUGAUCAGUUGGAGGCGCAACAGCGGGAUGUGCACGCAUGGAUCGACAAGCGCGGCCUUCGACCAGAUGUACCUCCCUCAAUCGCCGCGCAGAUGGAUUCCGCCAGCCACGCCUCUUCUCCAACUCACGCCGCUGCCACACUCAACGCUCAGCUUGACCGCAAAAUCACCAUCGUCAACUUUGACUUGCACCGACUACAAGACGACCUCAAUGACAGCCUCCCCACUCCAUCCUUCUCCGCCUGCAUGCUCAAAUUCCUCCCUGAUAUCGCCCGCCUGACCGCCCUACCCAGCGGCCCACGAUACGCCUUCGACCUGCUCCUCAAACUAGGCGGCAAUCUCAACUCCCACGGCGGCCUUGAGGCCGGCGACGAGGAGGACCGCAAGGAACGCCGUGCCUUUUACGCUCGUCUGGAUGACAGCAUGGUCGGCGUCGUGGAAGGCCGUUUCGCCGAGGAAGCCGCCGAAUGGAGCGUCGGUCGCGAAAUCAAGCGCAUCGAGAAAACCGGUGCCUAUCUCCGCAACUGGGGCGUCGAGCCGUAUUUCCCCCGUACGCUUCAGGCUAUGCGUGAAGGCAGCGCUGCUCAUGGUGUGAACACUUCGGGCUCCGCACCAACAAACCCUGCGGCUUCCGCGGCACAGUCGUCAAACCCGGCCGGUGGAGCCACGAGCCCGCCUGGGUACUGA